UAAAAAAAAAAUCAAUAAACACAAGAGUGCAGGUUCUCUGAGGUUAGGUUGCACUUUAAACUCUCUACCUUAGUACAACCAAGCCCUCACCCACAUGGAGUCAGGACCCGACCCCACCAUCACACCGACAAGCCCCAACGUGGUGCUAGGCAAGUACGAGCUAGGCAGUCUCCUCGGCCGUGGCAAGUUCUCCAAGGUUUACCAAGCUCGAUCUCUCGUCGAUGAAACGGUACUUGUCGCCAUGAAGGUCAUCGACAAGAGCAAGAUCAAGAACACCACCAUGGAACCGCGUAUUAUCCGUGAAGUAUCCAUCAUGCACCACCUCCACCACCCCAACAUCAUCAACCUCCAUGAAGUCAUGGCAACCAAGUCCAAGAUAUACUUAGUCAUGGAGCAUGCAAGUGGUGGCGAUUUAUUCUCCCAGAUCACACACCAUGGCCCACUAUCGGAGCCGAUCGCACGUCGAUACUUCCAACAGCUUAUCUCAGCGCUUCAUUUUUGCCACUCUAAUGGUGUGGCCCACCGAGACAUAAAACCCCAGAAUCUCCUCCUAGAUGAUGAUGGGAACUUGAAGGUGACUGAUUUCGGCCUCUCAGCACUUCCUGAGCAAUUAAAGGGUGGAUUCCUCCACACGGCAUGCGGCACGCCGGCAUACACAGCACCUGAGGUAGUCAGGAGAAAGGGCUAUGAUGGACCUAAAGCAGACGCAUGGUCAUGUGGCAUUGUUCUCUUCAUACUCCUUGCUGGCUACCUCCCCUUCGACGAUGCCAACAUCGCGGUAAUGUACCAAAAGAUCUACAGGAGGGAAUUCAAAUUCCCAUUUUGGUUUUCUAAACCGGUGCGGCGGUUGAUCUCUCAACUCUUAGAUCCACAACCUCAGACCAGGAUCUCCAUCAAUGCCCUGAUGCAAGUUGCCUGGUUCAAAAAGUCCUACCGAUCGACGCUAUGGCAUGUGAAUCAACCUAACUUUUGCACAAUACAAAAGGAUGAUCGAUUCGAUCUUGUUAAUGGCGCGCCUGUCAUGACUGCUUUUGAUUUGAUAUCAUUGUCUUCGGGUUUAGAUCUAUCUGGGCUUUUCGAAGCGACGAAUAAAAAAGAGAAGCGAUUCACAUCAAAUAAGCCUGCCAAGGAUAUUUUAGAAAACUUUAAAGAGAUUGGUAGAAAAUUGAAUUACAAGGUUGAGAUAAAAAAGGUAGGGUGUGUGGAGUUGUUAAAAAACCAGUUGGUCAUGUCGGUCGAGGUGGCGGAGGUGGUGCCGUCACUUUUACUGGUGGAGAUGAAAGUGUUUGGUGAUACUGAAAUGGAUUUUGAGCUUUAUUGGGAAGAUUUGAAAGUUGGUAUUGAAGAUUUAGUUUUAGUUUGGAACAAUGAUGGAAUUUGAGGCAAGGUUUGAAGUAUAGGAAUAUAUUGAUAUUAUCCAUGAACAAUUCGGCUAUAUCAGCCCAAAAUAGUCUAAUAUCAAGCCUAAUGACUAGCUAGGCUCAUGCCCACUUGGCUAGAAAGCUGGGCUAGGCAUAGGAUGGCCCAGUCCAGAGAACCCAUUUACAGCCUUUGGAUCAUAUGUCGGAGAACAAUAGCCGGCACUCCCAGCUUUAGGUUUACACAAGCUCUUUUUGUAACAACGGUUAUGUACAUAAUGAGAUAAGGGUGUGUUUGGCAUGCCGAAUUAAAUCGUAUUAAGACGUAUUGAAUUAGAUGACUGCAAUUGCUA